UUCGGUAGAUUUGGCGGAUUCGUCGUUCGACGUAAUUGAUCUAAGGAAUCAGGUUGGCAAGGAUGGAGGAUGUAUGGCUUCUGUGUACGAUGGGAGAGAAGCCCGAUUUCCAAGUUCUCGGAGAAAGGAAGAAACAAAGGGACAGAGUAAAUGUGCGAAGUAAAUUUUAAACGAUAUUUCGUGGCGGUCGUCGUCAACUAAAGUCACCAGGAAUUCAAGCGCGGAACUUUGCGGAUGUGUAUGAGAACGCCCGCUGUCAUACCGCCGGCACGAUUGCGCAUGCGCGUGGCUUACACUUGACGGGCUCAAAAAAUCAAUGACCCCGCUCAGUCGUGGGUCCGUUUACAUCUUUCUCUCGACGAGCUAAGAAGACCGGGAAUAAAAUCAGAAAUCGGUUCGAGCUGAAACGCGCUGAACGUCGAUGAUCGCAGAAACUAGCGAGCAACUGUGGCGAAAAUUUCAGGUAGGAGUGGGAAAGAAGCGAUGGAGGAAAAUGGACGGUAAGGGUGCAGCCCCGGUGGCGGCGCUGGUGUAUACCGGCCGAAUAGCGGUUCGGUGAAACCAGCCGAGCGACCUCGUCUCGUUUCGGCUCGCCGCGUUAGUUCGUGUUCUCUCGCAGCACACGACGGACGUAUACUAUUCCGCGUCGGGUCUCGUGUUCUCUGCUCAAGGGAGAAAAAAAAAGCUAAACUGUUAUACGCUACCGAAUCAGCGUGGAACACGUAAUUCAGUGAUUUACGUGUAAACGAAAAAACUGUGUCGCAAGUUAAGAAAGAGAGCGGAACGCGUGUCUCGCGAGAACGACACACGAGGUCGUAAGUGCUUCGACCGGCGAUAAAGUUUCGUUGUGACUUGUGUAAGGAAAGAAAAAAAAAAAAGAGAAAAGUGGUGAACCAAAGGAAUGUGCGAAUAUAUAUCGUUCGCGUCGUGUAUAACAGUACCAGGCACGGUUUAACGGCGAGAAAAAGUCCUGUAAUCGGAUCGAUUUUAGGUAGAACGCGGUUCGGUGAAUUGUCAGGGGAGAGAGUAUAUACCUCUACCAUCGUAGCCGUCGUCGCGGUGCACCGUCCAUCCACCUUUCGCGUUGCCGCGAGUGCACGGGAUAAAAUGGCGCUUGCUUUCGUCCGUAUACCUCUAUCGACCAUGACAAACGAUUUAACGACGGAAUCGCGUCGACGCCAGUCACGACGUUUUUGAGCAGCCGAACGUUUCGCGGCAUUGCUUCCCCUCUUCGCCCCACCCUCUUGCCCCGUUUCGAUCGUUUUAACGCCUUUUUCUCUACGAAUCGAAGCGCCAACGUCACCGCCAGCCACCGGAUCGCGAUUCGAGGAAGACGACAAUUUACAACGAAGGAAGAAACAAUCUCGUACACCCGCGGCGUCCUUGGACUGGAAUUUCGAAAACAACAAGCUUCGAGCUGCAGAGCGACACUCCUCGUUCGCGUUACGACGAGCCAGCCCGUGGAGCGUGGAGCGCGCGUCUAUGAGAAAAUUCAGGCGUUGACGGGAAGAAGAGACGAGAACCAGGAGGAGAAAAAUACAAAAAGAAGACAGAGAGGCCGAGGAAAGAGGAAAUGCGACGAAUCUCGGCACGUCGUUAAGGGAAGCUGCCUUUUAUAAGUGUGAGGAAAGGGGGGCGGGGGGGAAAUCGAAAAGGAUAUUUGCGGCAGUCGUGGAAGAGCGGCACCCGACUACUUCCGGUACGAUCGCGAGUGGUAAAUGCGGCCAAGUCCACGUCCGUCGUGUGUUUCGUGCAACCGAGGGCCUACUAAUCGCGAAAAACCCCAGAUCUACAACGAGCUUUCAACGAGCGGCCUAAUCGCUGUUAAUGGCAUAGAAGGUAUUCGGUGGCGAUCGUUUCUUUCUUCAAGAGAGAAGGAGGAAGAAAGUCGACUGGCGAGUACAGCGGGCGACAGUAACUCGUGGACGGACAAUAACGAAGAGGAGGGCGAAGAGGAAGAAGGGGUGGUGCGCGCUUUAUUCGAGAAGCGAAGCUACUUUUCGGAAGGGUAAGAAACGCCGGUGGGCUGCACGGCACAUCUGGAAGGGUUGCACGACCUGGAGCAGGAGCAAGAGGAAGAGGAGGCCGGAGGAGGAGGAGGAGGAGGAGGUGGAGGAGAAGGAGGAGGUGGUCGUAGCGUUGAAGCUGGAGGAGUCGGGAGGCUACGAGGGUGGUUGCACGUCGUCGUCGCGUGACGUGCGGAAAGAGCAGACGAAGCGUGGAGGAGGCAUGAGGAGGAGAGAGUGACGACGCUGCCGGUGCUGCAGCCUCGCACAGAUCGUGAGAGGACCGGCGGCCCCACGGUGGGGCUACGAUAAGAAUGGCCCCCUUCAAUAUGGCGGGCGUAGCAGGCCUUCUAGCCACCUGCGCCGCCGCUGCUGCUUCCGCUGCCCACCUUCUGCCGUUGCUGCUGUUGCUGAUCUGCCCGCGAGGGACCCACGCGGAACAAGUUGUUCUCUUGGACACGACACAAGAGGAGAAGCUCGAGUGGACAAAGUAUCCGUUCGGCGCGGAAGCUAACACCCCAGGGUGGGUGGAAGAGUCGUUCACGAACUUCGACAAGGGCAUCAAUUGGCGGAGUUACGUCGUCUGCGACGUAGCGUACAACAACGUGAACAAUUGGCUAUGGACGCCGUUCAUCGAGAGGGGACCGGCGAACCGCAUGUACAUAGAAAUACAAUUCACGACUCGUGACUGCUCGUUGUUCCCCGGAAACGCGCUCAGUUGCAAAGAAACUUUCAGUCUACUUUACUACGAGUUCGACGUGGCUACCAAGGAACCGCCACCGUGGGAAACGGAUAGUUACAAGUUGAUCGGACGCAUCGCUGCUGGCGAGGGAAGGUUCAACACUAACACCGGGGUGGUGAUAAACACGGAGGUCAAGUCCAUUCCAGUGACGAAGAAGGGCGUGUACUUCGCGUUCCGCGACCAAGGAGCUUGCAUCUCCAUUUUGGCCAUUAAAGUCUACUACAUCAGCUGUCCGGAGAUCUCCGUGAACUUUGCACACUUCCCGGCAACGCCAACGGGCCGCGAAGUCGCGUUGAUCGAACAAACGAUCGGCACUUGCGUGGACAACGCGGUGGUCAUCGAACAGCCAACCUUCCUCUGCAAAGGAGAUGGCAAAUGGUACCUGCCUAACGGUGGAUGUCACUGCAAACCUGGCUAUCAGGCUGACGUCGAGAAGCAAGCGUGCACCGAGUGCGCGAUCGGUAAAUUCAAACACGAAGCUGGGUCGCACAGUUGCGAAGCUUGUCCGGCUCACAGCAAAUCCUCCGAUUACGGAUUCACCGAAUGUCGAUGCAACACCGGUUAUUUUAGGGCCGAGAAAGAUCCGAAGAAAAUGCCUUGUACACAACCACCGUCGGCGCCGCAAAAUUUGACGGUGAACUUCGUUGACCAGUCUACUGUGAUUCUGUCGUGGAAUGCGCCGCACAUGCUGGGCGGCAGAACAGAUACGACUUACAGGGUGGUCUGCGAUGCCUGUAGUAUGGGCGUCAAAUACAUUCCCAACACCGAAGUUUUCAACGACACGAAGAUCACGAUAACGGGUCUAAACGCGGUGACCACGUAUCGAUUCCAAGUAUUUGCCGAGAACGGUGUAUCGGCGUUGGCUGGAAAAUCCGAGUACGUGGACAUCACCGUCACCACAGAAGCUAGCGUGCCUAGUUUGGUGAGCAACGUCAGGAUUACCAGCGUGAAGAGUUCGGAACUGAGCAUUAGUUGGGACGCUCCGGUAACCGAGGUCGGCGGAGACAGCGAUCUGGUCGAAAGAUACGAAGUGAGGUGUUAUCCGCGAUACGACGAUGCUACCAACGCCACGGUUAUACAAACUUCCGAGUUAUCCGCGACGUUCAAAGGCCUAAAACCAUCGACGGACUACGCGAUACAAGUACGAGCGAAGACCACGCGAGGCUGGGGCGAAUAUACGCCCAUAGUUUAUAAAAAGACGCCUCAUGCUAUGGGACUAGACUACGUCGGGGAAGAUGACAAUAUGCAAGUAAGGAUCAUAGCGGGAGCUAUCGUUGCUGUGGUAGUCCUUCUGGUGAUCAUCAUUAUCAUGACCGUUCUGAUCUUGAGAAGCAGGGCCUCGGACGAAUGCAACAAGAAACAGCCCAGUGACUGCGAUACCCUGGAGUAUAGAAACGGCGAAGGACUAGUUGUGACCUACAUGCACUGCAAAAUGGACAGUUCACCGAUUGUGACAACCCACACCAACAACAAGAGCAAGUCCUCGCUGACCACGCCGCUGUUCACACCUGCAGUGGGAGUUGCUGCCGCGAGUGCAGGAGGUGCUGGUGGCGGAGGUGCAAGGAGUUACGUCGAUCCUCAUACUUACGAAGAUCCGAAUCAAGCUGUGAGAGAAUUCGCCCGAGAAAUCGACGCAGGAUACAUUACGAUAGAAGCUAUCAUAGGUGGUGGGGAAUUUGGCGACGUUUGUCGAGGAAAAUUAAAACUACCGCCAGACGGUCGAACGGAGAUCGACGUCGCGAUCAAGACUUUGAAGCCAGGCUCCGCGGACAAAGCUCGCAACGACUUCCUCACUGAAGCCUCCAUCAUGGGUCAGUUCGAGCAUCCGAACGUGAUAUUCCUGCAAGGUGUCGUAACCAAGAGCAAUCCAGUGAUGAUCAUCACGGAGUUCAUGGAGAACGGUAGCCUGGACACUUUCCUGCGUGCGAACGACGGCAAGUUCCAGGUGCUGCAGCUUGUGGGCAUGCUUCGCGGUAUCGCGAGCGGCAUGCAGUAUCUUGCUGAAAUGAACUACGUACAUCGAGAUCUCGCGGCGAGGAACGUGCUCGUGAAUGCUGCCCUCGUCUGCAAGAUCGCCGAUUUCGGGCUUAGCCGAGAGAUCGAAAGCGCCACGGAAGGAGCGUACACGACCAGGGGUGGAAAGAUCCCGGUACGAUGGACAGCUCCGGAAGCGAUAGCGUUCCGAAAGUUCACCAGCGCUUCCGACGUAUGGAGCAUGGGCAUCGUUUGUUGGGAGGUGAUGUCCUACGGCGAAAGACCGUACUGGAACUGGUCUAAUCAGGAUGUGAUAAAGUCGAUCGAGAAAGGAUACAGGCUUCCAGCACCGAUGGAUUGUCCGGAAGCGAUCUAUCAGCUGAUGCUCGAUUGCUGGCAGAAGGAACGAACCCAUCGUCCUACCUUUGCCAAUCUCACUCAAACCUUGGACAAAUUGAUACGAAGCCCGGACACGCUGCGGAAAAUCGCCCAGAACAGAAUCAGGGAAAGGGGUGCUCCACCCCCACCCCCACCCGCCUCGUCGACAUCCUCCAACGUGCAUUUGAGGAAAAGGGGCACCAAUCCACUGGCGCCGGACGCGGUGGACUUGACGCAGCUGACCUCGGUCAGCGAAUGGCUGGCUUCCAUCAAGAUGUCACGGUACGCGGAGAGUUUCGAAAGAUCCGGAGUGACUACCUUGGAGGCGGCCGCGCGUGUUACCGUACAAGAGCUGACGGCGCUCGGGGUGACGUUGGUGGGACACCAGAAGAAGAUAAUGAACAGCGUGACUGCGCUCAGAGCACAGAUGUCGGCCACUUCGCAAGGUUUUCUCGUUUAAUCGCGUUGACGUUGCGACCGACGCAGGAUUCGAUUCCAUAUUCCAUCGACGAAACGCAUCGUUCGUUCGAGAAGCUUUCGCGUCGAUCAGCCUCUGAACGGAAUUGUACGAAGGCACGACGGUCCGGAGCAUCGUCAUCCUAGUCAGGCCGAUAGACGUUUUUCUUCGAUGAGAAGCUUCGUUCGCGAACGCAAGGCCACGAGCGACAGCAGAAGCGUGAAAAGACGCCGGAAUAGCCGAGCUCCGCCGCCAGUUUGGGAGAAUCGGCGAGGAACCGCGUAUCGCAGACAUUCCAACGGAGAAAAAGCACCGGAGAUCCCCGUUCGAGUUGCCGCCUGCCACGUCGGAUGGAAGACGACGAGAUUCGACGACUCGUCGAACGUAGCUUAACGAAACUAGCGCGAAUCUUCUUCGACAAACGACAAACCACGUACGACACAUUUUUUUACGAGACGAUCGUGACGGGAUCAACGCGCAACAAACGUAUAUCGCGACUCCGCGAACGAGUCCGCCAAUCGACUUUGUCUUUCUCUUCCUAGAAAAAUUUUCUCGCGCGCUGCCCAACUCGUGGAUCGUGGCGUCGCGUCGAAAGCAACCGAACUGCCACUGCACGAUCACUGCCGUAUGAAAUUUAGAGAACGUCGAUCCUACCUAAAAGCCGAACAUUUCGAACCUGCUCACCGUCGAGACUGUCCAGCGCGCCGAAUCGUUGCUCACACGUACGCGCAAGAUCGCUCUUUGCCGUCAACGAAAAGUCGCUCUCUCGUUUCACAGUGAGUUCCUAACGUACGCGGCGCGAAUCGAACGGUGAACAGGUCCUUGGACGAUUCGCACGAUGCGUGCCGUCGAACCUAUCUACGGUACAGACCAAUAGCACGAACAAAUAGACGGCCUAAAGUAUCAACGAGCCCCGCAGCUUGCCCCUCGUUUCGUUCCUCCGUGCGAAAGUUUUCGAGCAACGAUCGAUCGUACGAAACCGAAACGAAGAUUCCACAGGUCUAACGAUACGUUUUAAGCUAGCCAUUUACAGGAGGAGGGAGAAAUCGAGCAGGGUAACGCGCGUCCUCGCUGCGAGUCUAGCGCCGCGUUUUACGUCCCGUGCAGCGAAUAUUUUCUAGCUCUUAUCGAUAAAGCUUAAUCGAUGUACAAACAAACGGCGCAUCUUACGCGCGGCUCACGCGACGCAUGUAGAUAUACGAAUACGAAAAGCGUUGCCACUCCGCUCCGCUUUCGCGAAACGAUCGAAGGAGCGACGGGUAAUCGCGCGAGACUGAGAGCAAAAUUGCUGCAGAUCGCUCUAGAUGUUAAAUAACGCGACGACGAAGCUCGAACAAACGAGGAUUCUUGCCUUCGCGUUACCUAUAUGAUAAGUAUAUCGUUUGUACGCGAUUUGUAUAGGUACCUGUCGAUCAGAGGGAAGAGGGAACGAGUAACGAAGCAGGAACAUGUGCCAAUAACGCGAAAACAGCGAGAGCGAGAGAGCGAGAGCGAGAGCGAGAGAGAGUGAAAGUGAGAAAGAGAGAGAGAGAGAGAGAGAGAGAGUGCGUGAACGAGGGAAAAUGUUUUGCGCGAAAGGGAAAGAAAAGGCGCACGCUAUCGCGCGUAAUCGUCGAUUGCGAGGAAAAAUGGUCCCUAUAUAUAUAUAUAUACACACACACACUUAUUAAAAGAGAAAUAGAUUAUACGGUGCGUAAUGAGGGACAGAUUUGUUGGGAACGAUCGUGGGAGUGUGCAACGAGCGGCGGAAAGAAAAGAAACCGCGAAACGCGUGCCCCGACACCGUGAACAUAUCAAGGAGUUUAAAAGAGAGAUUAAAAAGGACGAUGAAAGCGCGAAGAAGGAGCGUGGCGGGUGAAUUUUUCGAAGCAACGACGAGCGAAAGAUGUUCGGCGCGAGAUCGAUGCGGAAAAGUUUUCGCGACGACACCGACGCGUAAAGUAGCGGAUUUACCUUUGUACGAGCGGUUUCGAAUUGUUUCGCAUCGCAGACGCAACGCAGCGUGCGCGCGUAGCGAUAACAUCCAACGGCAAUGGGACGGUCUGUAUCUCGUUAGAUGCACGUUUGCUGAUCGUAAAGACUGUGCUUGCCAGACGGACGACGAUCUGGCAGACGCCCGUUGAAACCGGCGAACGCUUGCGAGCAAGCGGGCCGAGCCACGGGAAAUUUCUAUUCUUAAUUUAACGAAUUACGCUAGAGAUAUAGUUGGGAAAAAGGGAGACGAGCCGAUGGACGCCACGAUGGACGGGAUUGCUGGCGUACGAAAGAACGCGACGUAGCGAAGGAAACGUCGAAUAAUUUGGUUCGUUGGUUUGGGUGGAUCCAUCGGUGCGCGUCGCGCCUCUCCGUUAAGAGAUUCUUACGCGAGGUCGUUCCGUUUGCAUUGGAAAAUUGCGAAGGGAGUUGCUGGAGGGUCCGGUUCGGUCCGCGUUGUUUCGCGUUGAAGGACGAAAGAUCGCGUGGCGAACGCGCACCCUCCGUUAGGAGAGAAAGAGAACGAGAAGCUACUGAGAAUGGCGACGAUUAAGAAGCAAUAAGCGAAUACACGCAAAUGCAGAUUUUUAUAUAGAGAAUGUUAAAAAAUUUCAGAAAAUAUUAAUUAUCGAUAGCGCUAUCUUCCUAAAUGUUCGUAUUAAAAGUUAAACGAGAAGUAAGGUAAAGCGUGAGACUUUAACGACAAAGUCCAGGUGGAGUCCCAACCGAAUCGCGCGAUAUCGCGACAGAGAGACGGAGGAGAGAAACGGCGCGCAACGCCGCGUACGAAUGUCGCAGCGUGGCGUUGAAACGAAUUUUUUAGAAAUACGAAAAACCGAUCGAACGAGAAGGAAAUUUCGGCCGGGACUCCGCCAGAGGAAAAAAAAAGAGAGAGAGAAGAUUUUAAAAACUUUCAGCUGUAACUAUUUGUGUCUAGCGACGAACCUGCGAGUGCGACCUGAAGUUUUGAGAAUGUCGAUAGUUUCAGUGAAUUAAUAUUUAGAUUUCAUAGAUCUCUGUCGAUAUUACACGAUCGUAGGCACGAAACGAGCAGAAGAUAAUUAGUUAGAGCGUAAAAGAUAUCUUAUUAGAGACCUUUUCCAUUUCACUUGAGUCUUUCGCGUUCGAACCUGCCUACAGCUGUCUCUGUUUCUUCUUCUUCUUCUACUUCUACUUCUACUUUUACUUCUACUUCUACUUCUACUUCUCCGAGAACCACGUCAUUUACGUACUUUGAUUCUCUGUAUUUUCCACUCUCCGAUUCUAAUACGCAGGGCGCUUCUUAUUUUGUAAGAGACGAGAAUCCAAGGUGCGAGAACGUCGAGAGAAGGAAAAGCGAUAGGAAAAAUAAUUGCGUAAUCCGAAUCAAAAUUCACUUCGAUUCACGCGAACGACGCUUCAAUUGCGUUUCCUCUCCUAUCGUUUUCCUUUAUAUUCGCCUUCUUUUCCUUUAUUUUUAGUUACGAUUGUAUUGAUACUUUUUCUUUUCUUUUUUUUUUUUUUUUUUCUUUUUUUCUUUUAAGUAAUCGUUGUUACUCUUUCUAACGAGGAAACGCAGCGACGAGCAAACGAAUGAGAAAUCGUUGAACACAUCCUCCUCGGACGCUCCUUUACUUAAAUACUUUUACUCGAUUAACACUUCUGUACUACUAUUUAUUAAAAACGAAGAAAGCCUUAUUUAUUGUUUAGAGAUCAGACUAAAUUAAAGAAAAAAAAAGAAAGGACGUUCUAACCGUGGUAAGUUAUCUAUUUACCUUACUAGAAUCGUACGAAAGGGGACGAAAGAGAGAUAAGAGAAGAAAGAAAGAAAGAUCGUUAUUUCCUUACUUCGCUGUUUUCGAAAAACUCUGACCGCCGUAUAAAAAGAGACGAAAGGAUAAAAGAAAAAAAAAAAGCGAAAUACAGCAUCAUAGAUACGAUCGUCGAGUCUCUAAGCAGUUAUGUUAUCGAGAUUAGUUAAGCGUUUUUUAAGCGAUCUACGUGCACAUUGUUUAAUUCUCUUUUCAAUUUGUUUCCCUCCUUUUUUUUCUUUUUUCUUUUGCCUUUUUAACAGUCUGUUUAACAGCGAACUUUGUCAAAGUACCUGCUUCGGAAACGAAAAGCAAACGAAAAAAAAAAAAGAAGAUAAAAUAAAGAAAGAAGAAAACAUAUAUUAAAUUCGCGAGAAGACAAAGCACACAGGUACCGUCCCGUAUAUAUUAUAAAUAGCUCAUCUACUAUCAUGUACACGCAUCAUAAUUUAUGUAUACUCAUCGAACUGAGUUUUUACGAUAAUUGAUUGGUUCAGCGAAUCACCAUCGUGUGUCCUCGAUUCAUUGUAUAAAACAAAAGAAGCGGCAAAGCGCGACAGAUGCAAUAAGAGAGUUAAUGUCGACAAAUUUUGGAACGUGUCUAAAAACAUUUUUCCUAUGGUGUUGUCAAGACGAUGUUGAAUGUAAAUAAGAUAUAAUAAAUAAUAUACCUUAUACGAUGUAAAACA